AUGAUUUAAUUGGGUCAGAAUAAAUUAUAAUAAUACAACGCACUCUCAAGCAACUCAUAUGUUCUUUUCCUUCGAAAACAAGACCAUUUUUACCGAAACCCAAUUUUCACUCGGUGGACAAAUUAUCGUGUUCAUACUAAUUGACUAAUUCCUAUCCAGCUAUGACAAAAAGAAAAAAAAAAUCCUAUCCAGAAAGAGCUCUCCUCUCGCCAUCAGCCGUAUUCUCCGAUCCGUCGACCUUAAACUCCGGCGUGUGAAGCUGUUUUCUCCUCUCGUCAGCUGUAUUCUUAAAUCCUAAUCCUCUGAUCGAUCAUGGAUCGCAUUCCAUCGAUUUCUUCUGGUACUCUCUGAACUUGAUCUCGAGCCUUAUUUAGUUCCGGAUUCCGAAAUCUGAUUUGUGCAUGUAGAUUGCUAGAAAUGCAGUGCGCGAAUCAGGGGCAAGAUUUGGCUUCCGUUCUUCUCAUUUUCAUAGAUUGAUUUCCUAAAAUGAUCUCUGCAAUUCAUCCCGAUGUCAACAACAGCCAGCCAUCUCGGAUUUCGUCAACUUGUAAGUCCAUCCCUCUUCCUCUUUCGUUAAAUCUUUGCUCUCACUAGUAAUAGAUAAGUUCAACCGUUUGUGUGCAUGGAAGCCUCUGCUGUUCUUAUUUCCAAAUGAUAGAACUGAACCCUAUCUCCGUUAGGGUUUCAGAAGCAACAUUUUGCCCCCUCUAUUUUCUUGCUGCUGCUGUUUAUUUGUGCCAAUUAGUAUUAAUUUAGUCCAAUUUGCUUUGGUUACAGGCUAACAACAGAAGGGGUGGUUGUUAUUAACUUGUACAAGGAUUGCUUGUGGAGAUUGGAUGAUUGGUUAUGUCAUACAAAUAGAACUAUGCUAAUGGGUUGUGGAUGUUGGUAGAAUCUGGUUCCAUUUUGAGCAAAGUAAAGUCACAUCUUGAGAUGUUCCCCCAAAAUCCUAGGGUUGGGUUGGCUCACGAUAGAGACGAAGUGAGGAAAGGUCGCCGCCACCGUCGUCGCGACCUUCACCGUUGUCGCUUCCCGCCGUCGCGACCUUCACCGCUGUCGCUUCCCACCGUCUCGACCAGCACCGCCGUCGCUUCCCACCGUCGCGACCUUAACCGCAGUCGCUUCUCCCCCGUUCAUAGCUUGUUCGUUCGAUUGAGGAACCCUCCUGGUCUGGUCAGUGAAGAAUACUGGUUCGAGGGAACCCUUUGUCUUCAAAUCGCGAGGUAAGAAGAAUAAUGUAUGCAUUGGAGGGAUCUUCUUGUUCAGCCAGCACAAAUGACGUUGUCGGGCCGCUGUGCCAUUGUAACAAACCCUGCAUCGUGAACAAGUCUGGUACUAGUAGGAAUCCAGGAAGGCAGUUUUAUUGUUGUCAAAAUUGGAAGGUAAUUGUCUUUGUUUGUCACGUUGGGUUUGUUUACCUAUGACCUUCAUCUUAGUAAUAGAUUUAUUUUCAUUUGUAGACGAAUGAUUGUCGGUUCUUCCUAUGGGUGGAUAAGUAUAUGAGAAGGAAUGGAUCAGUGUGGUCUACACAUGAUGAUGAGACAGUUGGUCUUAAGGCAAAACUUAUGGAAGUGGAAGCAAGCAACAACAAGCUGUUAGAAGAGUUGAGUAGAAUGAGAGAAAGUCAUGCAAGGUUGGUUUCCGAGCUGAGCAGAAUGAGCAACAUUAUCUCUAGCUUUGACACGAAGAUAACAAGGCUGAUGUACUGUCUAAUUGGUGUCAUAGUUUACGCUGCAUUCUGUAGAUUCCAGGGAGUUUGAGGUGUAGGAAAAUGUAAGCAAACACUUAUGUAAUGUUCAAUUCCAUUCUAGUUUGAGCAUUGUCGUGAUGUGUGGAAAACAAGUAAACUUCAGUUUCAGUA